AUGGCUGACUGCGGACUACCAUUUCCCGUCGUCUGCAUCCAAUGCGGCCGGGGCGUUGGCCUCUGCGGUAUCAAGAUCAUCGGCCCAACUAUUGGCUUCUGUGUCGCUGUGCUAGCCGCGGUUAUCUGCUGGCCCAUCGCACUCCUGUUCUGCUGCUUCACAGAGACGGGAAAGAAGUAA